CCUGCGUAAUACACAUUCCUUCGAUUGAUAUUGUAAUUUCUCGUUUGGGGUCCCAAAUUAAAGAAUAGUUUAUUAAUAUAAAGUCACAAUCCAGAAGAAGAAACACAUUUAACAUUUGUUUUCAAAAAGGAACUUCAAAAUGAAAACAAGAUAGCGCCCUCUGACGGUUACAAACGCUUACGUGAUUCUUUACCAGACCCUCUGGGUGGUCGGAGAUUUACGGAGACAGCCGAGGGUCUGGUUGAACGAGACUAAAUAACAGGCAGUAUUGUUACUGUUUUAAAACUAAAAUAGGAAAUACCUUCAAUAUCCAUGUAACACCAUGACACGGAAGAAAAAUAUCGAUACACUACGUCAAGGAUGUAGCCCUAAAGACCAUUCGCCUGUUUAUCUCGCUAAAAUGAAUUUUAAAUGGAUAAGCAUUGUAUAUUUUGCUCUUCUUUUACACUGGAAUGUUUAUGGGCAAAACGCAUCUUGUAGCAAAGACGCCAGAACGUUGGACAGUUGUGACGGAAGUGAAGUUUCGAAUAACAAUAUUUAUAUUGACUUUGGAGAGAUUGAAUAUCAAUGCAGCUGCUCAAUUUCGCCUAACUUUAGUGGACAGGCGUUUUAUACUUUGGCCAGGAACCCGGGCUAUGAAAACUGUGGGACAGCAGUAAGAGUUAUAGAUAGUAACAAUGAGAAGUACAGACUUCCAUGUGCUACAUCCCUCGGUCCUGUGGUCCUAACUAACCGUUCUGGAUUUGUGGAAUUAGAACAAGUGAAUGGUAUUGAUGGACCAAAAGAUUACUGCUUACGCGUGUUUACAAACGGUAUUUUAUUUCAAGGUUAA